AUCACAGACCUAGACCAGCGAAGCGUCCUUCGGACAAUUACGAGAAUGCCGAGGAGAUAUCGAACAGCACCGAUCCCGAGGGUGUCAACGAGGGCACCAUGAAGAGCAGGAGGAUCAGAAAGCCUUUGAAGGGAGUGGAGAACGGUGCUUUUCAGCAGGAAGCGAACCCGGGACCCAAGCAGUCUGAGAGCGAGCUAUACUUUGGCGAUGUGAGCUCUUGCUGUGGCCCUGAGAGCAGUUUCUACGACCUGGCCGUGGAGAAGGAAGGUGCCGAGCACUCGGAAGGCGUCGACUACCUAGCAGCUCGUUUAGGCAAACGGCAACUGUCCAAGCGGUCCAGACUGCCUCUUCCUCUGCCAUCGGACAGCGGCGACAUACCGUCCGACAAUUAUGCCAACAGCGACGAGCCCAGGACCGCCAGGGGACCGUUCUUAGCUCCCGACGCGCAGUACGAGGUGAUCCAGCAAGGACGAUACUCGUACUACGCGUCGAAGGACGACGAGCAGCUUCAGGAGGGGCCGGCUACCUCGGGCUACUUCAGGGUGGAGGAGACAGACAGGGCCAGGGACAGAGACUACAGGGAUUACAGAAGCAGCCAAGAGGAGGAGACGCCCCAGUGCUGCCUCAGCGACUCGACCACGUUGGACUCUGGCUGGCAGAGUGGCGAACAGCAGCAGUCCGACGACAAUGUUCGACCGGUGAACGUGUAAUCGCUUUCUGGGAGCAGGCCUGUCGAGUGUCAGAGACUUCUGGGUCCUGAAUUCACGAGAACCGAGACCGUUUAGCCCCAGGAUCUCUGAUGCUCGACGGAGGAGCCGCGGAACAAUUUCGAAACGAAACAGAACUCACAGUACAACUCGUCCUUUGAUUUCCGAGACAGAAUCACUGGAGAACCGUGCCCGUUUAGUCUUUUAUUGCGUUACAAGGGAGGAUGAAGACGAGGACCACCGUGUCCCUCGUAGAGUCGCAAGCGAUGUGAUUUCUCGUGCUGUAGCGUUAAAACACGCGUAAACGUUAAUCGUUAGGAUCUAAGCGGGGCGUGGGCUCCGGUCGGCCCGCGGAGCGCUAAACCACGCCCACUUGCCGCGACGCGCCGCCCCCGGGGGCCAUUUACCGAGCUCCGGGAGCAGACCGUGGCCCGCGCAACCGAUCUGAGCGAACGGUGUCGCGACCCCGAAGCAAUCGCGUCGCCAAGAAGUCUGAAGCGGAAUUGCGCGUCGCAGAUUCGUCGGCUAAUUUGCGGGCAAUCCUGCGUAGCCAGGUAUUUUUGUUAAUUAAGCGAUGUCGCCCGUGUUGUUUGUAGCAUUAAUCGAUGUGCGCCGAUGCGAAUUCGUACUCGCCGUGAAGAGAGGGAGGGGGGAGAGAGAGAAGGAGUAAUUAACUCGAUAGGUGAAACGCCGGAGGAAAGGCCGCCCCGUCGGCGAGAAAGCUCCCGAAAGCCGCGCUGCUUCGUAACGGUGAAGACCUUUCCCCCGGCUUUUCGUUAGAAACGUCCAUGUACAAACGUGUGCUUUACUCUUGCCAAUACCUUGCUAGAUGUCAGCUCGAUUUCGCACUUAGCCGCUAAUCGUUGCAACAGCCGUCUCACAAUUUACGCGUUCGAAUUUACAGUGUCGCCGGCGCGUCCCGUCGAAUCCGCUAACUGGCCGGUCGGUCACUGCCAUUUAACGGUCGGUCAGCUGGGUCCUUCGGAAACAAUCGAUGGACCGUACCGGCGCGGCUGAUACAUUCGCGGCGGAGCUCCGACCUUCACGUCUACACUCCCGUUUCUACGAUUCCCCGUUUUUAUUUUAAGGAACUAGCGCGGACCCACGGACAGUCCGUGUACAAAUUCAGGUGGACCAAGAAGUACUAGCGAACGAUCGAAUCUUCGCGAUCUGGCGGGACAGAUUAGACUAUCGUCGAACCGUUUGUCGUCGUUGUCGGCCGCUCGUUGCGUAACCAGCGGGGCAGAUGAAUAUUUUCUAGCCGGGACCCGAGCGUGGAUGGAGGCCCGAGUAGUUUAACGUUGUUUACUCGAUAAAGUGUACCUUAAGAGCGAUCUACGUAGCAAGUCGAACGAUGUAACUGAUCAUUAUGAGAAAUAAAGCUUCGUUUUGUAAAGAAA